AUGCCUGGCGACGGCAGCUAUCAGACGGCGGAAGGCAGCUCGCGCAAGAGAGUUAAGACAUCUCGAGAUGCCGGCCGACCGGCUGGCCUGUCCAAGAGCCCGGAAACAGUAGGCCUUGUCACACCCGCCAAGCCAGAGCCAUCAGUACCCAUGAUCGCCCCCAAGACCGAAGACGAAAGCCCGACCAAGGACAUAUGCCACCAUGAGCAGUCGCUGCGCAGCUUGCAUGGUGACCUGGAUGAAAUGCGCCAGCUCAUCACCUGCAAGAUCUGCCAGCGAUUCCUCUACGAGCCUUAUGCGCUCACGUGCGGGCAUACUUUCUGCUACAGCUGCCUGUCGCAGUGGAUGGGCCAAAAUAAGAGCAAGACGUGUCCAGACUGUCGAACUGUGAUCAAAGACGAGCCUGCGCCUUCAUACCUGAUAAGGGAACUGGUGUUGAUCUUUGUCGGCCGGAGUGCGCUGCUGCCUGAUGGCGAGACUAGUGAAGAGCAUAAUCAGCUCGCCAAGGAAGAAGCAGACAUUGUGGCCAAGGAUAGGGCGAAUACACACGUCGAAACUGGUGGUCUAUUCAAGGGCAGCUUUAAAAAGGGCACAAGACGGGCACCGGUUGAGGCGAUUCGCGACCACGGCGAUAACGUCUACAGGUGUCCUGAGUGUACGCACGAGGUGGAAGAUGGUCGAUGCAGUGGUUGUGGCAUUCGUGUGCGGACUGAAGAGGAUGACCUGGCCUGGAGCAGUGACGAGGAAUCAGUGGACAGUGACGACCUUGAGCUGGACCACGAGCUGGAAGCCGAAGACUACGACGAUGACACUGAAUUGGGCCUAAUUGAUGCCCACGCAGACGUGUGGGAUCCUUAUCAGCCGGGCCAUCCUCCAUGGCAGCACCGCGAAUGGGCCGCACCCUCAUCUGACGUCGACCUUUCGCAAGACGAGCACGAGGAAUUUAUGGAUGGGUUCAUCGAUGACGAGCCGAUUAACGCAUACCGGAGUAGUGAUGAUGAGCAAGUGGGCCAUUCCGAGGCCCCAGAGGUCAACAACAACGCACCCCAACGGCGCCGGAGAAUCGAGGAGGUCAGCGAAAGCGAGGAGGAAGAAGAGGAAGAAGAACAACCCGUACAACCAAGACUGUCUCGCAGGGUUCCCGUGAGAGUGCCGCGCCGAAUCACUUCUGAAGACCCAUCUUCUGCUGCCGCAAGCAUGGUAUCUGAUCCUAGUGACUCGGAAGACGAGUCUGACGAAGAGGAUGAUGAAGACGACGAACCUAUAAGGACUGCUCAACGCAGUCGUGGCAGACGCGUCCCAGCCAGAACGCGUCGCGUGAUGACCAUCCGAAGUGACGACGAUGAAGACGACUCUGAUGCGGGAACGAAUGCUACAACCCAGUCCGAAGCUGGCGGCUUCUCGCCAAUACAGCCAGCACCGGCGCGACAGCAGCAGGAACAUAUCAAUUACUACGACGACUCAGAUGUUGAGAGCGGGGCAGACGAUGAGGUGACCGAGCACGAUGAGCCCGAACACAUCGACUAUCAAAAUCGCGACGAGUUUGGGCAAAUCUACAGCCAGUACAAUGCAGGAUAUGGCGAAGACGAAAGUGACGGAGACGAGUCUGAUGACCAAAGUACGGCUACUGGGUACUAG